AGCAUGGCUAACGCGACUCCUUUGCUUCUCCUGCUGAUAUGCACAAGGCUCACCGUUGGUGCCAGCAUGUAUAAUGAAACGGAUGGUACCAUACCCCUGGAAGGAAGAGAUGGAAUGUUGCAGCAGUGGCCAUUCGCAAGACAAGGGAUGGAUAUUUUGGGUUCCACUUUCCGCCACGGUCUCGACUGGGUGACGACGCUGACCCAUUCAAUAAGGCGUGUUGUGCUCUUCGACCCUCAACAUCCAGGUCAUGAAACCCAAGUGUUGAAGAUAAUGAAUCCAGAUGUCUCUGGCAGUAUGUCGGGGAAGGCCUCCAUUUCCACUCAAAAUUAUACAAUGGCCUACACGGUCACGCAGGAACCCAUAACGACGUGGACUGACGACGAAAGCAUCAGUGUGACUUCCGAUACCCUAACUGAAAGCUUCGAGCCUGUAGCGGCAUUUGUGAAGAAUGACACUUUGAUCAUCAAGCCCGUGUAUCCUUCGGAAGAGAAUCGCGUGCACCCCGACGUUUUCCCGGAAAUUCCUGACCUGCCGACUGUGAAAAGAGAGAGACCACAAGAAAACAGGGGCGUAUUUCACAUAGCUGUCGGUGCCAUAGGAUUAUCUACAAUUGUGACUGGUGUCGUCCUCAUGUCGAGUUUCAAGGAGCGCACGUACAGGCCUUCCAUCUUGGUGUCGCGUGGCGUUCAGACAAUAUAAGCUUAUAAGAAGGGAAGUUUUGUAUAUACUUU